GUUGUGGGAGGGUACACGUUAACCGUAUUUAAUGAGAAAAUAAGAGACAUCCUAUUCAGUCCUCUUUUAUAAACCCGAUAAAUAUAACGCUGAAAUUACGCUCAUCAGUUUCAUCAGUGUCCCAUCUAUUUUUAAUCUGUAAGUUAGUCGCGGGCGCUGACCCUAUAAAAUAUCCGAAAAUGCCAAUAUCAGCUGACCAGGGAGCAGCUUUGGACGCCCAGGCUGUUAAUAAUUUUAGGGAAUAUUUGCAGAUUCCCAGUGUCCAUCCUAAUGUGAACUAUGAACCUUGUGUAAAAUUCUUACAAUCACAAGCAGAGGGCCUAGGACUUCCGAUUAAAAUAGUCACUAUAGUCACAGGCAAGCCAAUAGUAAUAAUAACAUGGGUUGGCCAAGAUCCAAAACUGCCCAGCAUCCUUUUGAACAGUCAUAUGGAUGUAGUACCUGUUUUCGAGGAAAGCUGGACUUACAAACCAUUCAGUGCUCAUGUAGACGAAAAGGGCGACAUUUAUGCAAGAGGCACCCAAGAUAUGAAAUGUGUUGGCAUUCAAUACCUUGAAGCUAUUAGAAGACUAAAACUUGAAGGGGUUACUUUAAAAAGAACCUUACAUAUAUCUUUUGUCCCAGAUGAAGAAAUUGGUGGGGUAGACGGUAUGAAAAAAUUCGUACACACAGAGGAAUUUAAAAAAUUAAAUGUUGGUUUUGCUCUGGACGAGGGUAUGGCCAGUGAAGAUGACACCUUUGCCCUAUUUUACGGAGAAAGAAACAUUUGGCACUUAAUAAUUCAUUGCCCUGGUACUCCCGGACAUGGAUCUUUGCUGCUAAAAGAUACUGCUGGCGAAAAAGUCUCCUACAUCCUAAACAAAUUUUUCGAAUUUAGAAAGCAGCAAGUGAAAAAACUCGCCGACAACCCCAAUUUAACUCUCGGAGACGUCACUACUGUCAACUUAACACAAAUCCAAGGUGGUGUUCAAUCCAAUGUAGUCCCACCAGAAAUGGUGAUUACUAUAGAUUGUCGUAUUGCGGUGACUGUGGACAAUACGCAAUGGGAAAAGCAAGUGAAACAGUGGUGUAGCGAAGCAGGCAGCGAUGUAUGGAUUGAAUGGGAACAAAAGGAACCACCGGUGGCUGCCACUAAGUUAGAUAGUUCCAACCCAUUUUGGUUGGCUUUUAAGGAAGCUACUGAUAAACUUGGACUCAAACUAAAACCCCAAAUAUUCCCCGGCGGUACCGACAGUCGGUUCGUGCGUGACACGGGUAUUCCCGCAAUCGGAUUUUCUCCAAUAAUCAACACGCCGAUUUUGUUACACGACCACGACGAAUAUCUGAACAAGGACCUGUUUUUAAGGGGUAUUAAAAUAUACUGCAAGAUUAUCACGGCUGUGGCGAAUUUGGAGGAUAUUACUGGAUAGUUUAUAGGAUCUGUCGGACAUUUUGUACCAAUUUAUUAUGGAUUUUUAGGUUGUGGCACAAAAUGAUUAUUGUAGGUUUUGACUCGGCGGUGCAAAAUGUUUGUUACGUUUUAAUUUAAGGACCAGUAAUGUGAAGACAAAGUAAUAAGUGCCUGAGUAUGAUACAUUUAGAUUGAUACGUUUUAGGUAGGCAAUUAAUCAAAAUUUAUGUAUUUUUAUACAAUAUUUAUAGAGUACCUACAUGUUGUGACAUUAUUAAGGCUUAUCACAACAUAAAGCCUCGCAUUCAUAACAA